AUGAGACACAAUGAAGGCAAAUUUGAUGAGAAUUCAUAUUGUAUGCUACUGAAAAAGUGUAAAGAAAAAUUACUAUGUGAUUUCUGUGACAAAACAUUUGAUAGCAGAUAUUCAAACAUAAUUCACAAUGCACAUCACAUUGUUAUACCUUUGUUGAAGCAGGAAGUUCACCAAUGCAAAGAAUGCCUUUACCAUUUUCAAACAGUUAACGAGCUUGUCAAACACCUUUUAGAAAAACAUAAUCAAGUCUCAGCAUUGCAACAAACUGCUAACAAAAGAAUAUAUAAUGUUCCAAGUACUAGCGCAGUAUCAAAUAAAAAUUUAGAAAUUAUUAACAUUUCGGAUGAUGAAGAUAAUAUAGAUAGUAAAGACAACAUUUUAAACUGUUUUAAAUAUUUAGAAAAAUCACCUGUGGAAAAAAAAAUUAAGAAGGAAGAUACAUCUAUGGUUAAGGGCUCAAAGAGCCAAAUAGAUACAUGGAAUGUGGCAAUUGAUAAGAGGGUGACGGUGUUUGAUUUGUAUGAUUCUAUGAAAGAUAUUAAGAAUGAAGAAUAUAUAUUGCCGGAUGUGUAUUAUGAUGUUAAAAUAUCACCAAAUACUGAUAGAAACAUCACUAAUUCACAAUUAACAAAUACAGAGUCAAUAAGUAACUGUAAAAGUUCAAGAAAUAAUGAUGGAAUGCUACAGACAAAAUUAAAUAAAGAUAAUGAAAGAUGUUUAAGUAUAAAUUAUAAUGAGCUAACUCAAUCAUGCAAUUAUAAAUGCAAGUAUUGUCAAAAUGUCAACAUGUUCCCUAACAGAUAUGCACUGACACUACAUCAAAUAUCACAUUUAGAAAUAGGAAAUAUCCAACCGAGUCUUUGCAUUGUGUGCGACAAAUAUUUCAGUUCUGCCAAUUUAAAAAAACAUAUAAAAGAAAAACAUUGCAAUAUCAUUCCGAAGAAUUGUAAACUCAAUACUUGUACUAUAUGUAAUUUUAAAUACCGUAGUUAUAAAAAACAUUUAUACAAUUAUCACCACAGUUUGUUUAGUUGGGAGAGUUGUCCAGAGCCCAUCACUUUGAGUAAUAUGCAUAAAUCACAUGGCAACAUUGCUUUGAAAACUAUAUAUCACAUAAGUAGUUCCGAUACAGAUAUUGUUGAAUUAUGUGGUAAGUGUUUCAAGAAGAUGAACAAUUCUAAUAUUAAAUGCAUAAAAGUCAGCACAUGUAAGAAGCCGGGUUGUCAGUUUGAAUGCACUAAUUGCCAUGAUGAGUUUUUAGAGAUAAAUUUUGUGGAGAAAUGGCAUCAGGUGUUUGUGAGUCGGUUUAAGUUUGAGGAAGAUGUGAAAAAGAGAAAGAAGAAGACAAAUGAAGAUCGGUUGAGGAAUAUUCAGAUGCGAUUGAAGAUGAUUAAUAAAUUGAGUCGGUUUUAUGUCUGGUUUUAUUUAUAA